AAAAAAAAUAUUUUUAGAGCUGCCGAAUUACUUGGAAGAAUGAGUUUUUCUUUGCGAAAAUUUUUCCGUAUAGCUAAACAACAACAAAAUGAUUUAAUUAAUGGAAGACAACAAUCUAUACAAAUUUGUGAUGGAGGGUUUUUCCUUUUACCUGACAGACUUGGACAACAAAGCCAUUUAAGUCAAAAUAAUAUACUUCAUAAAAAAUAUUAUGACGAAAUUGGUGUUACUGGGUGUUCCUCUAUUUCGAGUAAUUCUUCUUUUGGAUCACCAUUUAAAAUGAUGAGUGAACCAGAAUGGGCGCCUUCAUUAGUCCCCAAUUUAGGACGAACAAAUUUUCUUAAAAAUACAAAUUUUGGUAAAAAUCAGAAAAUAGCAGCUACAAAUAAUUUAAAUAAUUGUUCAAAUUCUUCUUCUUCUCAAUCAGGUGUUGAUUGCAAAAGAAGGCAAAUGAUGGCUGAUAGUUCUGAUUUUACUUCUUUAACUUCUUCAAUUGAUGGAGGAGGUGUUCACAAUGUAGAAGAAGAUUCUUUUAAUGGAAGUGGUGGAAAUAUUGAAAAUUUAAAUAAAAAUAAUAAUUGUUCUUCUUCCUUUACUUCCUCCUCUUCUCGUCUACCACCAAAACCUUCACAAAAACAACAAAUAUAUUCAUCUACUUCUUCAACAACAGAAUUACCUUUAAAUAAAAAAGAAGAAUUAAAUAAUAAACAACAUUCUCAACAACCUCAACAAUUUAUUAAAAGAAAUUCUGUAACUAAUUCGGCCCCUUUAACUGAUAAACUACAAAGAAAAAAUCAAUUAGGGCCGCUUGGAAGAACUUUUAAUUUUUUAAAAAGUAAAUUAGACUUUAGUUUAUCUGCUUCAGUUUUAUGUCCAUCAAAAGAAGAAUGCCGUCUUUGGCAAGAAGAUUUCUUUACUUUACUUAGCCAUAAAUGUACUUAA